AAAAAAGGGUCAACACUGAAUAGUAUAUAAUAUGGUACCUUCUUUUAAUGAACGCACUGUAUUUGAUAAUUCUAAAAUGACGUCAUCAAUACUUGUGUUGUGUCUGCUGUUCAGCUUAUUGAUCAGUCUACGGAUUGUAGAGAUUAACGCUGAUGGAACUUUCCAAUUUCAUGCUCGCCAUGUGCUGAUAAAGAGAGAUACUAAGUUCAGAUUCACAGCCCGGGAGGCCGAUGACUUGGUGAACCUGCAUAACAAGUUGAGAGCAGAUGAGCACGGUCUUGACAUGUUGAACAUCUCUUGGAACUCUGACCUAGAAAACAAUGCACAGAACCACGCAAACAAAUGUGACUUUUCUCACAGUUCUCAGUCUUACAGAUCAAAUGUCGGACAUUUUUCCUACGUUGGAGAAAACUUGUACGCAAUAGGAGGCUCGAGUCCCAGUGCCAGAAAUAUCGUAGAGACUUGGUAUCGUGAGAAGUCCAACUACGAUUACGGCGACAACAGUUGCUCUGGAUCUUGUGGUCAUUACACACAGAUAGUGUGGGCUGAGACGACCGCCGUAGGAUGUGGAAUUAAAGACUGCUCCACUAUUAAAAACUCACAAAUAAACAACGGCUACCUUGUUGUUUGUCAGUAUGGACCAGGAGGUAACAUUUCUGGCAAAAGACCUUAUCUGAAAGCUUCCGCUCCUGGACUGUUGUCACGUGAUGUCAGUGUUACGGUUUCAUUGGUCACAUUUGUUUGUUUGUUAUAUUUAAGGAACUCUCACUAAUGGAACUUCACUUUGAUCAAAUAGUGAAAUGUGGCACUUAUAAUUUUUUAAUUAUUUUUUUUUACUUCAACACAUAAUGUAUUAGAAUGUUAUACUUGAAUGUUAUACUUGAAUGUUAUACUUGAAUGUUAUACUUGAAUGUUAUACUUGAAUGUUAUACUUGAAUGUUAUACUUGAAUGUUGUACUUGAAUGUUAUACUUGAAUGUUAUAUUACAAUUAGAUCUUCACUCUAACAUACAACGCUAUUGAAAUAUGUAGGCUUUUAUGUUGUUUGUCUUAUUUUGUUGUUGUUGUUGUUUGAUUUGUAGCUGAGGAAGGUCUCUAGGUCCAAACGUCAGGGCAUACAAUAAGUAGGAUUAUUCUAUUUUCUAUACAGCCGUGUUCCCCUGCAGCAGUAAAUCUUUGUUAUAGAAAUAAAAGGAGCUACAUUUCAAUGUUAGGAUCUUUGGAAUGCACUUUAAAUUCCUAACUACGCUCCAAACAGUACAUGUUUGUUUUUUUUACGCCUAUCUGUCAACCGGAUUCAAAAAGAAUCUUUUGUGAUUUACAGAAUUAGAUUUGAAUCAUUUGUGAUUAACAGAAUUAGAUUUGAAUCAUUUGUGAUUAACAGAAUUAGAUUUGAAUCAUUUGUGAUUUAUAGGAUUAGAUUGGAAUCAAUUGUGAUUCACAGAUUUAAAUUUUAAUCCUUUUCUCUUUUGGAAACUAUUAGGAACAUGGAUAGAUAUAGUCAGCAAAGUUUCAUCUGAAAUAAAGUUUGGCAGCUCAGCAAACCAACUCAAAUCUAGAACUAAUCAUCCACAUUCUCCAUUGGGAUUCCAUAUCGAAUAGAAUUGAUUGUCAAAAUGUUAUCAGUCAUGGAAUCGAUUAACAAUUUUUUUCCCAAUACAUUAAAAAAAAGGCCACAAAAAUCCUUUGUAGGAUAUCUCAAUCAAUACUGAUUUAGUUGAAUGCCAGUACCCCAGCACUUGCUUACAUCCCUUCUCAAUGCAUUUCUGAAGAAGUGAAUUUUGUAGAUUUCAUGAGGGCACACCAUGCUUUUCAGAAACACUAUAAAGAAUCAAAGCAUUCAUUAUUGAGGCAAUUAUUUUAAACUGUAUUUUUCUAUUCUAAAACAUUUUAUGUAUCGUUUUGACAAAGUGGAAUAAUUUUUUUUUGAGGGAGAAAUUCGUUAAAUGAUGGUUUCAGUAGUGAAGAGAACAGUGGCGUAGCUAGGGUGGGGGAGGAGGGGGGGAGAAUUUGAAAAUCCCCCCUGUGUCCCCACUUGAGAGGGGCCCCCAAAUGAGUGUUUUUUACAUUGAAAUUUUAAUAUUAAGCAACUGCAGGGGCCCUCAAACGAUGGAAAAGUCCUAGCUACGCCCCUGGAAGAGAAAGCCUGUACGAAUAGUUUUAGUGUGAGGUAAAAAAUAAAUUGUAAAACGUUUUAGCCAAGUGAGCCUUGUCCUCCAGGGCGGGGGUGUUGGAACCACAAUAGCUUGAAGUCCUACCAGAAGCUACUUGAUAACUAAGCAUGAAAUAACUCCUUCUUCACUAGUGUCAUUAGAGCAUGGAACGGGUUGCCUGAGUCAGCUAGAUUAACCACCGAUAUAGCCAUAGCAGAGUUAAAGCCUGUAAUUAACAUGCACAUCUAGAUUAACACAUGGACACGCGUAGGUCGUAAUUAUCUGGAACGUCUGUAAUUUAUAAGAUAAGAUAAGACAUAAAAGCUCCCUCUGUGGUCAUGAUUUUAAGAUAAAAAUACACCGAUCACAAUAACAAAAGACACAAGAACUCUUUUGUUCCUUUGUCUAUUCAUUCAAUAAACUCCAAUUUUUUUUAGAGUAAACUUCUCUUAUAAUGUUUUAAGUGAAACUGUGGUAUGAAAGUACAUUGUCAGUGCUACUGAAUAAUAUGUUUAUAAUGUACUGUUAUGCCUAUGUGUAAUGCACAAUUGUAAUAUAAAUUUCCUCAAGGAUAGCAAAGAUUAUUGUUAUAUCGUCAUCACUGCAAAGUAUGUUACCAUUUAUCAUGUAAUUAUUAGCGUCUUUGUUAAGGUUGCUUUAAUUUUAUAUAAACAAUAAAUAACAUGUUUACAUUUCAA